GAGGAAUCCAAGAUGAAUUUAGAGCAGGAGAGGCCAUUCGUCUGCAGUGCCCCGGGCUGCUCUCAGCGCUUCCCCACAGAGGACCAUCUGAUGAUUCAUAGACACAAGCAUGAAAUGACUUUGAAGUUCCCCUCAAUAAAAACAGACAAUAUGUUAUCAGAUCAGACUCCGACUCCAACGAGAUUCCUGAAGAACUGCGAGGAAGUGGGGCUCUUCAAUGAGCUGGACUGCUCCCUAGAACAUGAGUUCAGGAAGGCUCAGGAGGAGGAGAGCAGCAAGCGGAAUAUCUCGAUGCAUAACACAGUUGGUGGGGCCAUGGCGGGGCCCGGAGCUCACCAGCUUGGCAGCACCCGGAUGCCCAACCAUGACACCAGCGUUGUGAUUCAGCAAGCCAUGCCGUCACCCCAGUCCAGCUCUGUCAUCACACAGGCACCUUCCACCAACCGCCAGAUCGGGCCUGUCCCAGGCUCUCUAUCUUCUCUGCUACAUCUCCACAACAGACAGAGACAGCCCAUGCCAGCCUCCAUGCCUGGGACCCUGCCCAACCCGACGAUGCCGGGUUCUUCUGCCGUCUUGAUGCCAAUGGAGAGACAGAUGUCAGUGAACUCCAACCUCCUGGGAAUGCAAGGUCCAAAUCUGAGCAACCCCUGUGCUUCUCCCCAGGUCCAGCCAAUGCAUUCAGAAGCCAAAAUGAGGUUGAAGGCCGCGUUGACUCACCACCCUGCUGCCAUGUCCAAUGGGAAUAUGAACACCAUGGGACACAUGAUGGAAAUGAUGGGCUCCCGGCAGGACCAGACGCCACACCAUCACAUGCACUCACACCCGCAUCAGCACCAGACACUGCCAGCCCAUCACCCGUACCCACACCAGCACCAGCACCCAGCCCACCACCCUCACCCUCAACCCCAUCACCAGCAGAACCACCCACAUCAUCACUCCCACUCCCACCUCCACGCGCACCCUGCACAUCACCAGACCUCGCCACACCCACCCCUGCACUCCGGCAACCAAGCACAGGUCUCACCAGCGACACAACAGAUGCAGCCAACCCAGACAAUACAGCCGCCCCAGCCCACAGGGGGCCGCCGGCGAAGGGUGGUGGACGAGGAUCCUGACGAGAGGCGGAGGAAAUUUCUGGAACGGAACCGGGCAGCUGCCACCCGCUGCAGACAGAAGAGGAAGGUCUGGGUGAUGUCACUGGAAAAGAAAGCAGAAGAACUCACCCAGACAAACAUGCAGCUUCAGAAUGAAGUGUCCAUGUUGAAAAAUGAGGUGGCACAGCUGAAACAGUUGUUGUUAACGCAUAAAGACUGUCCAAUAACAGCCAUGCAGAAAGAAUCACAAGGAUAUCUAAGUCCAGAGAGCAGCCCUCCUGCCAGUCCUGUCCCAGCUUGCUCUCAGCAGCAGGUCAUCCAACACAAUACCAUCACCACUUCCUCCGCCGUGAGCGAGGUGGUGGGGAGCUCCACCCUCAGUCAGCUCACCACUCACAGAACAGACCUGAAUCCCAUCCUUUAAAAUCUGCUGGUGGGUCAGACCUUGCCUCCAAGAAGAGCUGUCGCAUAUCAUGCGUCCUUUCUUUUAAGGGCAUUUUUAGAAUUAACUCAGACCUGGAAGACUCCUCAGCCCUUCAGAGACUGGCUUUCAUUUUUAUAGUUAUUAUGGAAAUGUCGUCUUUUAUACUUAGUUAUAUAAGAAAAAAAGGGAGUUAUGCAAUUAAUUAAUCUAUCAGCUUGGGAAAUGCUUUGGUGCUUUUCUCCAAUUUUCUGGUACCAGUUAACUUGUUUAUAAAUUGAACUCUUUCUGUA